CUCGACCGCCUACGUCACGUGACGCGCAGAGACCCCGCCCCUCCUUCGCCCCUGUUUCUUCUCGCCUCGGAAAAUGUCGGCGCUGCAGCUGAAUCUGGGACCCGCCAAGGAGCCGCUGGGCUUCAUCAAAAUCCUAGAAUGGAUUUUCUCUAUCUUUGCCUUUGCUACCUGUGGAGGUUACAGUGGAAAAACAGCGGUUUUUCUCACCUGUCCUGGUGCCAAAAACCAGACUUUGCAAGCUAAUUUUGGUUACCCUUUCAGGUUGAACAAGGCUACCCUUGGGCCUCUGGAAACGAAAGACUGCAACGUCACCUGGGACAAGGCCUACUUCCUGGUGGGAGACUUCUCCUCCUCAGCACAGUUCUUUGUCACCUUUGCAGUCUUGGUGUUCCUGUACUGCAUGGCUGCCUUGGUGCUGUACCUGGGCUACCUGCAUUUAUAUCGGGGUGCUGGCAAACUCCCAAUGAUUGACUUUGUUAUCACGGUGGUAAUCUCUUUCCUCUGGCUGGUUAGCACAUCGGCUUGGGCGAAGGCCCUCACAGAUAUCAAAACAUCCACUGGUGCUGACCUUGUGUUAGAUAUUGCCCCGUGCAAAAAUCAACCUGGAUUAUGUCACUUCAGUGACAUCCGAAGCUUUGGGUCUUUGAACGUCUCAGUGGUCAUUGGUUUUCUCAACCUGAUUCUGUGGGCAGGAAAUGCUUGGUUUGUCUACAAGGAAACCAGCCUCCAUAACUCUCCAGCAGCUACUCCCCCAAAUCCAACCAGUGUCUCAUCUCCUUCAGGGAUGUAAGGAACAUGCAAAGCCACAUGGUAUGGAGUGUUACCUUUCACCGCAGGAUGGUCACUGCAGCAGUUUUCUUCCCUCACCCCCAGUUAUGCAGUUGAUGUGUGGGAAACAUUUGGGUGUCCUCUUUUAUUUCCCCCCCCCUUUUUUUUCCCUCUAAUUCCCAGUAUGUAAGAAGAAAGAAUGGAGAUCUCCUCUUUGCCCUGUAUGCAUGCAAGAGGAUCAUUCUACUGUAUUGAAGCUUGUUCUGUGCAUUGAAAAGAUGAACAGCAGUUUCUUAAAAGCUUAACAGAAACAGCCAUCUUCAGCCUCCUGAGGUUGACUUUGUGAGCUGGUGCAGGUCAGCAUGCACUGUGGAGCUGGAGUUGCACAGCUCUGCCUGAGAUGCAACCUGAUCCUUUUUACUCAGAAGGAAGGCUCACUGAUUUAGUGGGGUUUACUUCUAAAUAAAUGUGAUUAGGAUUGCAGUCUUGGUCUCACCCAGACAAAUGCCUUUGUCUGCUACAGUCAGGAAUUGUAUAUAAUGCUUACAGAUGUAUAUUGUUCUUAAGUGACACUAUUAUCUGAUAAUCUGCUUGAUGCAGUCCGUGUAAGUAAAAUUUAGUCACUCAAAUCUUACAUAAUUCUAGGGAGACGUUGGGAAGCUUUGAGCCUGGUGCUACAGUGCUUGAUUUUGGUUAUAGCCAGGAGCUCUGGGAGUUAGUGUUUGAUGUAGACUCCCUUGAAUAGAAGAUUUCAACUUGAAUAGAAAUGCUAGCCUUCAGAUUAAUAUUCCUUUUGGAUGCUGGUAGAAUAUGGUUGUCCAUUAAUGACAAGGCAGGGAAACUGUGGCCAUCCAUAUGUCAUUGAUCUUCAGUUUCCAUCCACCAUAACCAGAAUGGACUGUGGGAGUUGCAGUCCAAAAGCAUCUGAAGGAGCUGCCAUGUGCUUUUGGGAAAAUAUCAUCCUCUCUCUUUGGCCCCAGUUUCAAUUCUAAUCCCAUUAGCCUUUUCUGCAAGCAUUUCAUACAAACCAACUGACCAUAUACUUUUGAAUAAACACACACAAAUACACAUGAAAAAGCCACCAAAGAAACAGUGCCUUAUACACAAGAUGUUAGAGUGGCAUGGGAAGUAUCCUAGAAAUAUUGGUAGAGUUAGUAAGCUUUUGUGGGAAGUGCAUCAUACAAGAUUCUUAGAGCUCCUGAUUUGAUAACCUGUCUUGAAAGUAGUUCAUAUUCUUUGAUUUGUGCAUGUAUAAUAGAUUUGGCACACCCUCAAUUCUGUAGAAUCUGUUUUAUUUGAAAAGGCAAAAUCAUAGCAGGCAUGGUUACAGAUGCCAAAAACUGAAAAGCAAUUUGAAAACCCUAUAAGCUCCCGAGAGUGUCUCUUACAUGGCUAGCUGCUACUUUUUAUUGUAAGCACUAAUAAUGUUUCCUGCCUCAUCCCCAUUCCUUUCAUUCCACUAGAGGCAUUUGUUACCAAGUCACUCUUUUGCCAAAAUAUUCAGAAAAGGUUGUAGGAAUGAACAAGGGGUCAGAAUAAAGCAUUCACAUUGAGUAAGCCUAUGGAAAAAUAAUUUUGCAUCAUUGUAAUGUUUCAGAUGUAAUGUAUUGUCAGAUCAGCCUGUGGAAGUGGGCCGGCUACUUUAGGUCAAGUGUGGACAACUAUGGCUGCCUAGAUAUUUUUAAACUGUAGCUUCCGUAAUUCCUGAAUAUUAACAGCUGCUGAGUAGGACUGACAUAGAAGAAAAAAAUAUCUGGAAGAUUACAUUUGCUCACCUUUGCUUUGGGAGAUCUGUGCUGUAUUUUUUGCUCAUAUAUGACAUCUUGUUACAGUUCAAGCAAGGAAGUUAACAGCUGUCAUCCUUAAAAGAAUUGUGGUGAUUUCCAAUUGUGUGAACAGUAGGUCAAUCUUUUACUUUUCCAAUGUGCUCAGGAAGCAUUUCACACUACACUAUUAGGGAACUAUGAUUCAACCUUAAUAACAUUUCAAAUUCUCAGCCAGAGGGUACUGGUGUGUCUCCAAGCUACAGACCCCAGGAUUCCAUAGGAUAUAGCCGUUGAAUCAAAAUGCUAACAUUGGCCUGUUACAGACAGCCAAAAUGGAGCGUGGCUUUGGUGUGGCUUCUGGACUCUUAGGCAUCAUUGAAACACCAUACCUCCACUGUGACUCGAAGCAGCUUUAUUUUGGCUGUCUGUAACAGGCCAUUGUAUGGUGUAAAAGGGCUAUGGGUUUCUUCUGUGAGCCAGGAAGUUUUCAACAUGUGUGCAGCAGAGUCUUUCCUGUUGUCAGAUAGGCUAAGGAAUGUAUAUCACCAUGUCUGUCGGGAUCUCUUUUGAUUCUCAUUAGAACUGCAGCAUCCACCUCUUGCAGCCAGGGCUUAUGGGAAUGGAACCACACUUGGAACACUUCAAUUAAAUUCUUCUUGCCCUCCAUGAGUCAUUCCCUAAGAUGCUUUACAUCAGAGUUACUUUAGAAUAGAGCUUAGAAACAUGAUUAUUUGGGACUUUAACUUCCAUGAUGGCUGGAGACAUUUUCCAAAGCAUUGCUGUGGAUCAGGGAUUCUAAGUAGCCUCUGAAAAAAAAUGGUCCUUUUGUUGUUCCUUUAAAAAAGAAGAAGAGAGAAUGAAAAAUCCUUAAUGAAUGCACAGGAUUCAGUAAUCUACCACUAGAACUCAAUUGCCUGUCAUCCAUCCCUCUCAUAUUAACAUAUAGGUAGAAAACCUGCUGCUGUCAGGAAAGCUUGUUCAUUUUCUGAGACAGUGCCCUCUAAAGUUCUGCAAAGUCCUUUUGGUAGAAGGCUGAUUGAAAUAAUGAAAAUGAAUUGAUAAAUGGUGCAAGAUAGAUAGAUAGAUAGAUAGAUAGAUAAGUACAGUGUUCAGCUUGCUUUUCAUGCUUUUACAAUAUUAUCUGUUGCUUUUUCUAGGAAACCACAGCAGUCCUGAAUGUUGACAAACAGAAUGAUAUUUUCUUUAGUACCAGCUAGAGUAGACAUUUUGAAAUAAAUGGAUAUAUAGAGAUGACUAUAUUCAUUUCAGUAGAUCUACCCUACAUAGGCUACAGCUGGAUUUAGCCUUUAGUUUACUGUUUACUUUCUUUUUUGGUUGCAGUAAUUAAAAAUUUUUUUUUUUUCCGUGUAUUAAACCAACCCCCCCCCCCCCCCCACACACACACACACAUUCUGUGGAUAAAAUUACUACCUAAAUGGCUCUGAUGAUGAUCUUUUCUAAAAUCCUAUAGCUUUUAAAAAACAAGUAAAUAUAAGGGAGGGGGAAUAAUUAAUUAUGCCACUAUAAAACAACCAGUAGAGACAUAUAUCGUCACCAAAAUUAUUAUUAUUCUUAAUAAUUUGCAAUCUUGCAGAAUUGCAGCACAAGUACUUGUAAGGGUUUGAAAACAACUACACAGAAAUAUAUCCUUACCUAUGCCAGUGAUGGUGAACCUUUUGCAGACCAAGUGCCUAAAAUGCAACCCAAACCCCAUUUAUUUAUUGCAAAGUGCCAUGUCCCUCUGGCUUUCUCAUAAUGAACUCUGGCAAACUCUGUGCUGGGGCGACAGCAUACAUGCCCACAGAGAAGGCUCUGAGUGUCACCUCUGGCACGUGUGCCAUAGGUUUGCCACCACUGCCCUAAGCAGAUGGGCAGGAUAGCAUGGGCCAAGCGAAUGCUAUCCUAGACCUGGGUCAGUUCCUAGGGCCAGCAUGGCAAGAGGCAGAUGUUUACACAGCUGCCCACCGCCAUGCUAUGGAUGCAGUUCCUCCAUGCACCCUAUACCUGCCUCCACCAUUGCAUCUGGUGAGGAGAUCCCCAUUGUAGAUCGUAUGGAGGGAAAUGGAGUGCCUGGCUACACCCACAUGGCCAGAUGCCCGCAUUAGAUGUCACAGGCCAUGACAGGAAGUCUUCUCAGCAGACAUGAUGGCAGAAGCCGUUACAGGGCAUGCAGAGCUGUCUGGUCUGCCAGCUGUCGCUGCAGAGUUUCCUAGAAACUCUAUAGCAAACAGCCAAUCUUUUAGACUGGGUUAAGGCCCCUUUUGGCUGGGAUUGGGCUGGAUCCACCAGAUCUCCAUCCGGUCUGCCUGGUCCUGGCCUGGGCUAAUGGCCUGCAUUAUCUUGACAGUGGAAACAGGGCCUUUUGGGCUGUGUGUACAGGCCCCAAAGUGAUCUCAGUUUAAACAUUAUCAGUCCAGAAGUAUGAAUAAUACGAGCCACUUAAUCCUUAACUGAGCACUUUGUUCUUAAAUACUGAAGCACAAAUUAUCUGUUUUCCCCUUGUGUGUCUUAUAUGCCCAAAACAAGUUUAACUAACCACCUACCUAGAACGUUAAGAACCUUGUGUAGAGCUGAAAGAAUGCCUUAAUAUUCUUUAUUUGUUUUAAAGCUUUUUACCUCAGGGUGUCCUAAAAUAUGUACGGUGCUUGGUGCUAAAGAAUGUAGAAGGUGACCUCAGAGGCAGACUCCUGAGUAUCUCAACCUUAAUUUAAAACAAACAAGUCUCUAUUCUUCAUUCUUCCAAUGCUGCUUUCCUGCUUGCUGCUUGUUCCAGGAGUAUAAAUGAAAUGCAUGGCUGAAUACAAACACCUAUGCCUUAUAAAGGGAGAUGCUUCUCAGAGGUCUGUGAAUCUGUCAAGUUUAUCCAGCUUCAUGUUUUGAAUAAUAAUCAUCUGCUUUCUCUCAAGGCUAAAUUAAAGUCACUUUAAAAUCACUUUUUCAGUCUAUACAGCCCACUCACUCCAGCAUUCUUGGAAUGAAUGUGCAUUUAAGGCAUUUUCCAGGUGGGCACAGCAAGCAAAUUAUUUCCCUUUGCUCGGAUUUUUAAAAUAACCUUGGCUUACAGACUUUUGUAGAAUCAGGCUUCUCACACAAACUUUUCUGGCCUGAUGGUAGUCUGACUACUUACCCUACAGUCCCUUACUUUGGAAAUAGGUGGUCUAGAUAAUCUCCAGGCCUCCAGAUAUUUUGGAUUGUGAUUCUACAGUCUCUUACCAUCAGCCAGGCUGGAUAGGGAUUCUCUUCUACCUACUUCACUUUCCGCUUGUGCUUUCAGUCUGUACAAAAAUCCCCCCAAAGCUGGCUGUAUGGAUUGAGAGAAACAGUGAUCAUGGAGGUAACCCCUCAGUCUGUCUUGAGCGCUUGUAAAAUUGUUAAAACACUGGAUGCAUUUAAAAGCUGAUUAACUAUGCAAAUGUUUGCAAAUAAUGCUUUCAAGCUUUUUUUUAGUAAACCCGAAAGCAAGAGUGUUUUGGGGACAGGGAGAUAGUGAAAUAGAAAUAUAGCUAAUGUCUCCUCCACGGUUCCUCUUGUAAGGCUAUAUUAGCAUAAUACAUCACAAUUUUCUUAUUAGAUCUCUCCUAAACCACUUCCUUCCUAUAUAGUUAGCACAAAGAAAUGCACCUUUUUUUAAAGAAAGAAAGCUGGCUGUGUCUCAUAUAUAGACUGUUGGCCAGAGCUUUAUCUUAUGUAAGUAUGGAGUUUUAUUCCUGUGGUAUACCCACGCUGCACUAUUAACAGCAGUUUGAUACCAAUUUAAUUGCCAUUGCUCCAUCCCCUGGAAUAUACUGUACUGGGAUUUGUAGUCAGGUGAUGAUUUAUUAAAGUGGCUUCCAAAUAUUACAACAGUGUGGAGUCAGUACACCUCUAAUAGAGUGUGGUCAUUGGAAUGAGAGGUGGAUACCAUCUUUUGUCCUUUUCUUGUUGUCGUUUUGCUAAGCAUUGUGUUUAUCCUGAAAAGAUGGAGGCCAGAUUCAUUUUGUUACAAAAAGGGUCACACAUGCAACCUUUUUUCCCCCUGUCUCUCAUCAGAACUGUGUGACAAACAUGUAUGCGUUCUGUAUACAACCAGUGUAAUAAAAAUAUUUGCUCACUAAA